CAACACUAAGCUUGCACAAUGUCAUUAAAACCAAGAGUAGUAGAUUUUGAUGAGACAUGGAACAAACUCCUAACUACAAUCAAAGCAGUUGUCAUGUUGGAGUAUGUUGAGAGAGCAACGUGGAACGAUCGCUUCUCAGAUAUCUAUGCUUUAUGUGUGGCCUAUCCUGAACCGCUUGGAGAAAGACUUUAUACAGAAACAAAGAUUUUUUUGGAAAAUCACGUUCGACAUUUGCACAAGAGAGUUCUGGAGUCUGAAGAACAAGUCCUUGUCAUGUAUCAUAGGUAUUGGGAAGAAUACACAGAGCCCGGUGCAGACUAUUGCUUAAUCUAAAUUGACUGCUUGUAUAGGUAUCUCAACACCCAGUUUAUUAAAAAGAAUAAAUUGACUGAAGCUGACCUUCAGUAUGGCUAUGGUGGUGUAGAUAUGAAUGAACCACUUAUGGAAAUAGGAGAGCUAGCAUUGGAUAUGUGGAGGAAAUUGAUGGUUGAACCCCUUCAGACCAUACUUAUCCGCAUGCUGCUCCGAGAAAUCAAAAAUGAUCGUGGUGGAGAAGACCCAAACCAGAAAGUAAUCCAUGGGGUUAUUAACUCCUUUGUUCAUGUUGAACAGUAUAAGAAAAAAUUUCCCUUAAAGUUUUAUCAGGAAAUCUUUGAGUCUCCCUUUCUGACUGAAACAGGAGAGUAUUACAAACAAGAAGCUUCGAAUUUAUUGCAAGAAUCAAAUUGCUCACAGUAUAUGGAAAAGGUUCUAGGUAGAUUAAAAGAUGAAGAAAUUCGAUGUCGAAAAUAUUUGCAUCCCAGUUCAUAUACUAAAGUAAUUCAUGAAUGUCAACAACGAAUGGUAGCAGAUCACUUACAGUUCUUACAUGCAGAGUGUCAUAAUAUCAUUCGGCAAGAGAAGAAAAAUGACAUGGCAAACAUGUAUGUCUUACUCCGUGCUGUGUCCACUGGAUUACCUCACAUGAUUCAGGAGCUUCAAAAUCAUAUCCAUGAUGAGGGCCUUAGAGCAACCAGUAACCUUACUCAGGAAAAUAUGCCAACACUGUUUGUGGAGUCAGUUUUGGAAGUACAUGGCAAAUUUGUUCAGCUGAUCAACACUGUUUUGAAUGGUGAUCAGCAUUUUAUGAGUGCAUUGGAUAAGGCCCUGACAUCAGUUGUAAAUUACAGAGAGCCCAAGUCUGUUUGCAAAGCACCUGAACUGCUUGCUAAGUACUGUGACAACUUGCUAAAGAAGUCAGCCAAAGGGAUGACUGAGAAUGAAGUGGAAGACAAACUUACUAGCUUCAUUACUGUUUUCAAAUACAUUGAUGAUAAAGAUGUUUUUCAAAAGUUCUACGCAAGAAUGCUGGCCAAACGUUUAAUUCAUGGGUUAUCUAUGUCUAUGGACUCUGAAGAAGCCAUGAUCAAUAAAUUAAAGCAAGCCUGUGGUUAUGAGUUUACCAGCAAGCUACAUAGGAUGUAUACAGACAUGAGUGUCAGUGCCGAUCUCAACAAUAAGUUCAACAAUUUUAUUAGAAACCAAGAUACAGUAAUAGAUUUGGGAAUUAGUUUUCAAAUAUAUGUACUACAGGCUGGCGCGUGGCCUCUUACUCAGGCUCCUUCGUCUACAUUUGCAAUUCCCCAGGAGUUAGAAAAAAGUGUACAGAUGUUUGAAUUAUUUUAUAGCCAGCAUUUCAGUGGAAGGAAACUUACAUGGUUACAUUAUCUCUGUACAGGUGAAGUUAAAAUGAACUAUUUGGGCAAACCGUAUGUUGCUAUGGUUACGACAUACCAAAUGGCGGUUCUUCUUGCCUUUAACAACAGUGAAACUGUCAGCUACAAAGAGCUUCAAGACAGCACGCAGAUGAAUGAAAAGGAACUGACCAAAACAAUCAAAUCAUUACUUGAUGUGAAAAUGAUUAAUCACGACUCAGAAAAGGAAGACAUUGAUGCAGAGUCUUCAUUUUCGUUAAAUAUGAACUUCAGCAGUAAGAGAACAAAAUUUAAAAUUACUACAUCAAUGCAGAAAGAUACACCACAGGAAAUGGAGCAGACCAGAAGUGCUGUAGAUGAGGACCGUAAGAUGUAUCUCCAAGCUGCUAUAGUCCGUAUCAUGAAAGCACGGAAAGUGCUUCGGCACAAUGCCCUUAUUCAAGAGGUGAUUAGCCAAUCAAGAGCUAGGUUUAAUCCCAGUAUCAGCAUGAUUAAGAAAUGUAUUGAAGUUCUGAUAGACAAACAGUACAUUGAGCGCAGCCAAGCGUCCGCAGAUGAAUACAGUUACGUCGCGUGAAGCCACUCCUCCAGUGUGAUGUGAGAAGAUCGUUGCCAUCACCAUUGGUGUGCUCCUGUGGGAAAAAGCAGGCCUGUGCCUCCAUAAUUUGAUCAUUUGGCAGCCCCUGUUUUUCUGCUGUUUACAACAUCACCAGUGCCAUGUCGUGAGCGUCAAAGAAAAUGCCUAGAGAUAUUUCAAGCUCAUGUCAUUAUGACAUUUCUUAAAACUUUAAAGAAUGAGUGAAGUGUUACUGAAAUGUGGAAUUUGGCUGGGUACCAUGCUUUUUCUCCCCCUCACGUUUGCAGU